AUGUCUUCUCCCCUCUUCUGGUCGCAGCCCCUCAAGUACUGCGCCUGGGCAGCCCGCGAACGUCCCGCCUACUUCUGGUCCGUCGUCGUCGGCGCCACCGGCCCGGCUCUCAUGCCCAUUGUUCCUCCUAUCCGACAUAUGCUCGGCGACGUCGACCCUGCGCCUGUCCCCGUCACCUAUCCCGGUACGUUCGCAAAAGCCAGUGAAUCGGCUACUCCAAGGCAUUUAUGGGGGAGAAUUCAAGAUAUGGGAGAGAGAGCACUUGCGGAGGCGAUUGAAGACGAGAGAGAGUUUCCCGCCGGUCCCCGGAAACAAGUGACAGGCUACGACGACAAAUAA